CCUAAAGACUUUAGUUUCUCUUUCUACUUUGAGUAAGGCCGGAGGACUCUUCCACGGGCUAGCUUAAUCGUAAAGUUAAUAUCCUGAAGAAGGAAGGAGGAAUAAUGUUAAAAUCUUGGUGGAGCUGGUGGUACAGUCAGCAAGUGCUUUACUUUGAGCCUGCUGACAAUCUAGACCAAUUCAUUCAGAAUGAGCUAAAGCCCCAAGAAAAGCAUCUGCUGCAGAUUGACAAGAGCAUUGAUAACAUCUGUGAGUCCUUGGAGAAACACGCACCUCCCAUUCAAGUGAAGGGUAUAGUUGUGGGUGGGUCCUAUGGCAGAGACACUGUUCUCAGAGGCCACUCCGACGGCACCCUUGUCAUCUUUCUCAAAGAACAAAUUGAAGUGGAGCUGAUAAAGUUGAGGCUGUUGGCAAUAAUGGGCAAAGUCAAGAUGGUAGAGGAUAAGCACCAGCUGGUACUGACCGAGUCUGACCUAUGCAUUACCUUUAACGUGCUUCCAGUCUUCAGUGCCUUGGUUGAACCAAGUGGCUGGCACACCCGUACGUCAGCCUCAAAGUAUAAACCAAGCCCGGAGACUUACCGGAAAUGGAUAUAUCCAGGGAAAUCUGUUCGUGAAUCUUCAGUCUGCUUUACAGAACUACAAGGGAGUUUUUUCAACAAUCGCCCCCCAAAACUGAAGAACCUAAUACUCUUGGUGAAGCACUGGUAUCAGCAGUGCCAAAAGAGACUGAAAAAAGACUCCUUUCCCCUACAAUAUGCUCUGGAGCUGCUAACAGUCUAUGCCUGGGAGCAGGGGAGUGAAGCAGAUGAUUUCAACACAGCUGAAGGUAUCCUAACAGUCCUGGAGCUAAUUAUGAAGUAUGAUAAACUUUGUAUCUACUGGACAGUCAAUUACAACUUUGAGGAUGAAACCAUCAGGAAUUAUUUGCAGUCCCAGCUCCAGAAAAGCAGGCCAAUCAUCCUAGAUCCAGCAGAUCCAACUAGUAAUGUCAGUGGAAGUGAUCCUGAGCCCUGGAAACAGCUGGCUGAAGAAGCGCAACUCUGGUCAUCUUCUACCUGUUUUAUGAAAGGAAAUACUUCAUCUCGGAUGCCCUGGGAUGUUCUGCCAGCAUCUCUUUAUGUGACUCAAGGCCAUAAGCUUGAUAAGUUCAUCUAUGAUUUUCUCCAACCUACACAAGAAUCCCUGGAUCAGAUUGGAGAAGCUGUGGACAUCAUCUUUAAGUUCCUGACGGAAAAAUGUUUCAAAAAUUCAACCACGAAUGUUAAGAAAGUUGUGAAGGGUGGAUCCACCGCCAAAGGCACAACCCUGAGGAGCGUCUCUGAGGCUGACUGGAGCCUGUGUCCAAGAGGCUCUGAUGCAGACUUAGUUGUCUUUCUCAGCUGCCUCACAAACUACAGUGAUCAGAUUGCCAACAGGUCCACUAUCAUCAAGGAAAUUCAGAAGCGACUAGAAGAGUGUUCACUGAAAGAGCAGUUUGAAAUAGAGUUUAAGGUCACAAAAUGGAAGAACCCACGAGUGCUCAGCUUUACCCUGAAAUCCAAACUUCUUAACCGGUGCCAAGAGUUUGAUUUGCUGCCAGCCUUCGAUGCCUUGGGUCCACGGGUUUCAAAAUCAAAACCAGACCCUACAAUUUAUAUCAAUCUCAUCAAAUCAUCUGAAAGCAACAAUGGGGGUGAAUUCUCCACCUGUUUCACAGAACUGCAAAAAGACUUUAUCAGACCUCGUCCCACCAAGCUUAAGAGUCUUAUCCGUCUGACAAAGCACUGGUACAAACAGUGUUACAGGAAAUUGAAGAAGAAAGGGUCCCUCCCUCCGAAGUAUGCCAUAGAACUUCUGACAGUCUAUGCCUGGGAGCAAGGUAGUGGAAUGACAGAUUUUGACACAGCUGAAGGCUUCCUGACGGUCCUGAAAUUAAUUAUGCAGUACCAAAAGCUCUGCGUCUACUGGACAGUCAACUAUGAUUUUCAGAAUGAAAUCAUCAGGAAUUUCCUAUUGAAACAGCUCAAGAAACCCAGGCCUGUGAUCCUGGAUCCAGCUGACCCCACAGCAGACGUUGGUGGAGGAAACCAUUGGUGCUGGCACCUCUUGGCCCAUGAAGCUGAAAUCUGGUCAUCUUCUCUGUGCUUCAAGACAGGGAUCUAUGAUGCUGUAGAGCCCUGGCCAGUGUUGACAGUCCAGACUCCAGGAAGCAAUGGUCUUGGGCUUUCUCCUAUUGUCAACCUAACAUUCAGCAAUUACUACUGGAACAUCCUUCAUACCUAAAAGCUGAAGGUACCUCAAAGAUACAACCUAGCUCCUGUCCCCCACCACUUACCUUUCAAAAAAAUAUCAAAUAUUAGAUCAAAUCAAAUGGGCUCAAUGUCAGUCCUCAUUCUCACUACAUAGUUUGGGACAGUGUUUGAUAAUCUACUUCUCAAAACUCUCCUUCCAUUGCUUUUGUGACUUUCCUUAUUCUCCACUUAUUUCUCUCAUUAGUCAUAUCACCUUUACAGAUCCUCUUCUUCAUACUGGUCGAGGAUCUCUGUCAAGACUCUGUCUUUUUUUUUUUUGCUACACAAUGGGGUUAAGUGACUUACCCAGGGUCACACAGCUAGUAAGUGUCAAGUGUCUGAAGCCGGAUUUGAACUCAGGUCCUCCUGACAGCUGGUGCUCUAUUCACGAUGCCAACUCGCUGCCUCAUCUGUCCUUCUUCCCAGAUCUUCUUCCUCAUACUGGUGAGGAUCUCCCUCAAGACUCUGUCCUUCAUUCUUCUGGUCUUUACUCUCUAUACUCAAAGCCCUCCCUAAGUAUAUCAUCUCUCCAUGGUGGCCUCUAAGCUCUUUUUGCCUUUGCUCCUGCUGUUUUGUUUGCUGGGGGGGAGGGGGGGAAAUACUCUUCCCAUGGCACAGAGCAAGGAGCUGACUUAGUGGUUCGAUAGCCCAGGUUCAAAUUCUGUCUCUGAUGUUUGCUGCCUCUGUGACCUUGGGCAAGUUGCUGGUUCUACAAAAUUAAGGGGUUGCAUUAGGGGGCUUCUGAGGUCCCAUCCAGCAUUAAAUAUAGGAUCCUAUGAUCCUCUAUCUUCACCUGUGGGAACACAGACUCCAAGACCCAAUUCCAACAUCCUCUGCCUACUGAAGUCUUUUCCUGAUUCUCCUCUCCAGCAACCACCACCCCAAAGCAAUCAUAGGCUUGUAAGAACUAGAGGGGGGGAAGUCCCUUAAAGACCAUACAGUUGAAUCCCUUCCUUUUAAAAAUAGGAAACUGGGUUCCAAAGAGCUUAAGAGGUUCAUCGAAUCAUAUACAAAA